UAUUUGUCAAAAGAGGACCGUUUAAAGUUGAAACACCCAGAUUAUUGGGACCGAGACCCUAGUGCCUGGAGUAAAAUAAAUGAUUGGGACAUAUAUUGGAUCGGGAAGCAACCACCUUCUUCUUCAGUUACCAAACAAAAGUCACACUCUGCCUUGGCUGACGAGUUAAGGAGCUUAAAAGACAUAUAUGCUGACACGCACCCCGCUUAUAAUGUCAUCAAAAAUCUACAGAAAGAAAUGAAGGGAAGUGUCAGUGUACUCUAUGGUAAUUCAACAUCCGAGAGUUGUUAUGGUUUUUCCGUGUAUAAAACCUGGGUAGCACCGCGCGUGCAUGGUCAUAGAAACACUGGGUUGGUCCUUGAGCUAAGCCUGUGGUCCGAGCGUCCACUAGGUGAGGAAAGUGUUAAUAACACUGAAAACAUCAAAAUUUGGAAGGAACGAAUUUCAACACUAUGGUUCGAAUCUAAACUUAUUGAUUUGGUGUCAAAAGAGAAAGAAAUACAAUGUGGUCUCCAAUUAAAUUCCGAUGUGGAAUUCGAUUUGAUCGAACGAGAACGAAAGAGGUUGAGGAUAGAUGAACCUCAAAGUCAAUCAAAUAAUGAACCUCAAAGUCAAUCAAAUAAUGAAUCCAAAAUGUUACCCAAAGAUUCCGAUUUGACAUCAGCACUUAAAAUAUUGUCAACUGGAUCGUUUAUAAACCUAAGACAAGAAGGUGGUUUUUAUUUAGAUAAAACAUACUUUAUUUCAAAGAUAGAGAGCCUUAACGUCCAUGCUGUACUUUCGCUACGUCCUCGGCGUUUCGGCAAAUCAUUAUUCCUUUCUACAUUAUCAUCAUACUAUGAUAUAAAAAAUAAAGGUAAAAUGUUUGAAAAACUUUUUGGCGAUCUAUACAUAGGAAAGAAUCCCACGUCAUUGGCAACUUCAUUCCUUGUUCUCCAACUCAAUUUUUCCGGACUUCGUACGAACUCGAUGUUUGAAGUUUUUGAAGAGGAUUUUCAUAGAAGAUUGAAUAUCGACAUAGCAAAAAAGUGCUGGGCAAAUUUCAAAGAACUCUUAAAUGCAGUCGAACUUAGUGGGCAUAAGCUUUAUAUUCUUAUUGAUGAAUAUGACGCUGUAAUGAAUGAAGUCCUUAAAAAUGAAUCUGUCUUAAAACCUCUUGCCGUUUAUAAUCAAAAUUCUCUAAAAAUUGAAAGAGUAGAGAGUUCAUUUAAGCAAUUCUACAGUCUAUUAAAGUCUGCAUGUGAUAACAGCAUUACUUACAUUUUUCAAACUGGUGUGACACCUAUUGUUAUGGCAGAAGUCACAUCGGGCUUUAAUAUUUCGACCGAUUUAGCAUUAAGAGAAGAGUUCUGGGAUUUAUAUGGGUUCAAAAAAUCGGAAGUCGAAGCUCUUUUAGAUACUAUUUCUGAAAAUCGGUUCUCACAUGAAAUUACAAAUGAAAUAAUGAAAUGUGUUACGAUGUUAUUCGGAAGGAUAAAACAUAUAGAAGAUUGCAAAGAUAGUUCAAUAAACAUUCAAAAACUUCUUCGAUUUUCUUCCGACCCACAUACAUUGCCCUCACAAAUGACACUAGACUUAAUUGUAAAUAAUCCCCUGGGUAAAUCAAUACUUACUGAAGCAAUCGGACAAUUUUUUCUUGAAUCCAAAAACGGAAUCGAACAACGAUUUCGGCUUGUAAAUAUUCAAGAGUUGACUACAGAUCGUACUCCAUUAUUGUCUUUCUUAUUUUACACUGGAGCUCUUACGUAUCAACCGGAAAAUUCACAUUUUAGUUUUCAGAUUUCUAAUAAU